AUGACCCUCACACCCCGCUCAAUCCGCCUCGGCACCCUCUCCACCCCCCUAACAACCUUCAUCAUCAUCCUCCUCGUUGCCGCCCUCCUAACCUCCAUCCUCAUCUGCUGCUGCUGUCUGCAACGCCAAACGAGGAAUUCCCGCCAGAUCAAAGAUCUGGAGAUGAGGGGGUACUCGACUACCGCGUGUCCUUCGAGGUUUGCGUAUCCACCUUCGCCGUAUCCUACUGCUGGUGAGGGGUUGUCGGGAGGAACGACGACGACGGGGUGGGGGGGAGUGGUGGGGAGGUGGAUGGGGUUUUUUAGGAGGGAGGAGAAGGGUGGAGUGGUUCAUGGAGAGGGGGAGGGGAAUAAAUGUUUUGUGGAAAGCGAAAGGAAGGGGGGUAGAGAGGAGGAGAUGGGAGCGUUGGGGAUAUUAGUGAAGAUGGAGAAGGAGAAGGAGAAGGAGAAGGAGAAGGAGAACGGCAGGGGGAAAGAUAUAACGCCUAGGAUACAUAGUGGGAAUGCGAAGUUUUACGCCCCAGGUUUGGUGGGGGGUGAGAGUGAGGCAGUGGGGAAGGGGAGGGGGUAUGAGUUUUGGAUGGAGGAGGUUGAGAGCCCUGGGAGGGUUUUGUAUAAGUGA